AUUGAAGGGGAGUGGAGCCAAAGAAAUUGCCCGAAGAUGUUAAAUUACCUAAUUGGCCUUGCUGACGCGAGGGGAGAGCCCCAUUGGUUUGUUCUUACAUGCUAAAGAGCAAAAAAGGCGGAAGAAUGGCAGGUGGGUCGAGGUCAGAGACGAACCCAUCAAAACGAAACCCCAUAACGGCGAUGUUAGAUAGAUACUGUAAGUGUAAGUAAACCCCGUAGCGUAGGGGGAGGAAUUAGGAGCUGCAUCAAGGAACCGAGAAGGAUUUCUCAUUCAUUUUCAGUUUCACUAGUAAUAUUGGCUCAAAUUACUUGCUUAACUUACUUAUCAUUAGUGUUCUGGGGAAUCAAGGAGCUUCUGUUACUGUCAUCUUCCCCGUUUUUUCUCGCCGAAUGAAAUUACAGAGCGACGCGCAACAUAGAUGUACUCGAGUAAUUUGAAGGGGUUUAUUUUGGCUGUCGUUUCCAGUGCUUUCAUCGGCUCCAGCUUCAUUAUCAAGAAGAAGGGUCUCCAACGGGCCGGGGCGCACGGCCCUUCAGCCAGUGUUGGAGGAUAUGGUUAUCUGCGAGAACCUCUCUGGUGGAUCGGCAUGAUUACCAUGAUUGCGGGAGAGAUAGCUAAUUUUGUGGCAUACAUUUACGCUCCUGCUGUGCUUGUGACGCCACUUGGUGCUUUAAGUAUUAUUAUUAGUGCGAUCUUAGCACAUUUCAUGUUGAACGAGAAGCUGCAGAAAAUGGGCAUGCUGGGGUGCCUUCUAUGCAUAGUGGGAUCCGUUGUAGUUGUUCUCCAUGCACCUGAAGAGAAGUCCAUUAGUUCGGUUCUUGAAAUUUGGGAUUUGGCCACUCAACCAGCAUUCCUCUUGUAUACGGCCUCAGCAAUAGCUGUAGCACUGGUGUUGAUUUUAUACUGUGCUCCCCGCUAUGGCCAAACUAAUAUUUUGGUUUACAUUGGAACAUGCUCUGUAAUUGGAUCACUGACAGUUAUGAGUAUAAAAGCGAUUGGCAUUGCAAUAGAACUUACAUUAGAGGGCAUAAACCAGGCUGUAUACUACCAGACAUGGAUUUUUGCAAUGGUCGCUAUUACUUGCAUCAUUGUGCAAUUAAAUUAUCUUAAUAUGGCAUUGGAUACUUUUAACACGUCAGUUGUGUCUCCUAUCUAUUAUGCCCUGUUCACAUCUUUCACAAUAUUAGCCAGUGCAAUCAUGUUUAAGGACUAUUCUGGUCAAAGUGCAAGCAGUAUCGUAUCAGAGCUGUGUGGUUUCAUCACUAUUUUAUCUGGAACAGCAGUAUUACAUAGUACAAGGGAGCCAGAUCCUCCAAUAACAGAUUUAUACACACCAUUGUCUCCUAAAGUGUCAUGGUAUAUCCAUGACGGUGCUGAGUCUUGGAAGCCGGAGGAAGAUGCACCACCGUUCAAUUUAGCCAAAAUCAUGCGGCAAGAUCAUUUCAAGUGAUAGAAGGGACUCAAACGAAAUCAGAUUAGUCCCCUGGUGUCCUGCCAUUGAGUUAUGCGGGCCAUCCUGUUUCACUUGUUUAUUUUAAGCAACUGAAGCGUGCCAUUAUUGAUACAGAGUUCGGCUUUGCUCCAGUUCCACUAUUUGGUUGGGCAGGAGUUGCAAGAGAUUCAUCAACAUUGUGCAGCCAGAGAGGAGAGAUUUCUUCCUUUUUCUUAGAUUUUCUUUUUUUUGAAAUUUCUGGUAGAUAUUCACAAGCCUGAGCCCUGUUCUUCAUCUUAAGUUUGCAUUCAUUUUACUCUUUGAGUUGAGUCCGCCCCCGGCUGUUUUUUGUCCCCUCUUGUGGCUUCCGUCUUCUUCUUCUUCUUUUUUAAAUCUUUAUUUUUUAACUUUCAGGGUUUACAGCUAAUUUAUUUGCGCAAUGAAGAUGAGUACGGGUUUUUUUGGGCCCCUUAAACCUGCGUCCAGGCUCUGGUUUGGUCCAGUGAACUGCUGGGUGCUUACCCAUAUAACGUUUAUCCUUGUGAUGUUAAUUAUUUGAUUAGAGCUUCAAUAUUAUUGGCCAGAUGCUUGUCAUUGGUCCCCGUAUGUGUUACACUUC